GUUUGAUGAUCACCAUGGGGGACUCCAACGUAGAUACCAGUGCCACUAUGUCUGAGGCAGUGACUGAAGAAGUGUCUCUUUUCAGCAUGACAGACAUGGUUCUCUUUUCACUCAUUGUGGGUCUCCUCACCUACUGGUUCCUGUUUAGAAAGAAAAAGGAUGAAGUCCCUGAGUUCUCCAAAAUCCAGAUAACGACCUCCUCCUCGGUCAAAGAUAGCAGCUUCGUGGAAAAGAUGAAGAAGACGGGGAGGAACAUCGUUGUGUUCUAUGGCUCCCAGACGGGGACCGCUGAGGAAUUUGCCAACCGCUUAUCCAAGGAUGCCCACCGCUAUGGGAUGCGAGGCAUGGCAGCAGACCCCGAGGAGUAUGACCUGGCUGACCUGAGCAGCCUUCCCGAGAUCGACAACUCCCUGGCGGUGUUCUGCAUGGCCACCUAUGGCGAGGGAGACCCCACCGACAACGCCCAGGACUUCUACGACUGGCUGCAGGAAACAGAUGUGGAGCUCUCUGGUGUCAAGUACGCGGUGUUCGGCCUGGGGAAUAAAACCUACGAGCACUUCAAUGCCAUGGGGAAGUAUGUGGAUACUCGUCUGGAGCAGCUGGGAGCCCAGCGCAUCUUUGAGCUGGGGAUGGGAGACGACGAUGGGAACUUGGAGGAGGAUUUCAUCACGUGGCGAGAGCAGUUCUGGCCGGCCGUGUGUGAGCACUUUGGGGUGGAGGCCACUGGGGAGGAAUCCAGCAUUCGCCAGUAUGAGCUUGUGGUCCACACAGACGUGGACAUGGCCAAGGUGUACACAGGCGAGAUGGGACGUUUGAAGAGUUAUGAGAACCAGAAACCUCCCUUCGAUGCCAAAAAUCCUUUCUUGGCUGGGGUUACCGUCAACCGGAAACUCAACCAGGGGACUGAGCGGCACCUCAUGCACCUGGAACUGGACAUCUCUGAUUCUAAAAUCAGAUAUGAAUCUGGGGACCAUGUUGCUGUCUACCCGGCCAACAACUCCACCCUUGUAAAUCAGCUCGGGGAGAUCCUGGGUGCCGACCUGAAUGUCGUCAUGUCCCUGAAUAAUCUCGAUGAGGAGUCCAACAAGAAGCACCCCUUCCCGUGCCCCACCACCUAUCGCACGGCCCUCACCUACUACCUGGACAUCACCAACCCGCCCCGAACCAACGUGCUUUAUGAGCUGGCUCAGUAUGCCUCGGAGCCCAGCGAGCAGGAGCACCUGCGCAAGAUGGCCUCCUCCUCGGGCGAGGGCAAGGAGCUGUACCUGAGCUGGGUGGUGGAGGCCCGGAGGAACAUCCUGGCCAUUCUACAGGACUACCCAUCCCUGCGGCCCCCCAUCGACCACCUGUGUGAGCUGCUGCCUCGGCUCCAGGCCCGCUACUACUCCAUUGCCUCAUCAUCCAAGGUCCACCCCAACUCUGUGCACAUUUGUGCUGUGGCCGUGGAGUACGAGACCAAGUCUGGCCGAGUCAACAAGGGCGUGGCCACCAGCUGGCUACGGGCCAAGGAGCCUGUGGCGGAGAACGGCCACCGGGCCCUGGUGCCGAUGUUUGUGCGCAAGUCCCAGUUCCGCCUGCCCUUCAAGGCCACCACACCUGUCAUCAUGGUUGGCCCUGGCACUGGCGUUGCCCCCUUCAUAGGGUUCAUCCAGGAGCGCGCCUGGCUGCAGCAACAGGGGAAGGACGUGGGGGAGACAGUGCUUUACUACGGCUGCCGGCGGGCUGAUGAGGACUACCUAUACCGAGAGGAGCUGACCCAGUUCCACAAGGACGGGGCCCUCACCCAGCUCAACGUGGCCUUCUCCCGGGAGCAGGCGCAAAAGGUCUAUGUGCAGCACUUAUUGAAAAGGGACAAGGAGCACCUCUGGAAGCUGAUCCACGAGGCUGGCGCCCACAUCUACGUCUGUGGGGAUGCUCGGAACAUGGCAAAGGACGUGCAGAAUGCCUUCUACGACAUCGUGGCUGAGUUUGGGGCCAUGGAGCACACACAGGCUGUGGACUACAUCAAGAAGCUGAUGACCAAGGGCCGCUACUCCUUGGAUGUGUGGAGCUAGAGACCGCCAGCUCCGCCCCCCGCCCCCCAGCCUGCGCCCAUGUGAUCA